UCAAUGCAUUUAAUUCGUGAAGAAGUGAAUGCAGUCACUAAGAUGCGCACAUUCAGUUGUAAAGUUGUUUCGGGAGUUUUUCUAGUUUUGAUAAUAACUAAAUUAAUCAAUGCAGAUUCUUGUAAAGUUUUCUCAUUUUCGGAUGAAUUUUCAGAUAGUUUAGCCGGGGAUACUUUGUACAGAAAUAGCACAUUCAACCUUGAAGAUGGUUCAUUUGAAUUUUUGCAUUUGAACAAUACAAAUAAAAUCAAAAUUAGUGGUGCAAUAACUGAACUGGAUGGAGAGAAGUUCUUAGAAUUGCGAGGAAACGUUGAGCUACCUGUGUUCAGAAAGUACUUUAGUACUGGAAAAGAUAGAGUGUUCUACUUUGGUGGAUUUCACGGUCAUGGACAUGUUCACAUAAAAUUGGCGAGUUCUGUUUUGGGAUAAAAAAGGACUAUUAAAAGCGGAACCAUCUGAGCUUUUCAAAAAAAUUACUUACAUUUUACAGACAGAGAAAGGAAAUAGUAAGAAACAAAAACAGGACAGAAUUCUCUUGGCCUUAUUGGCAAAUAAAAAAAUGUGAAAAUAAUAAUUAAGGUUUAAUCGCUUGAAAAGAUACUUUUAACUUAAAUUAUUGUUCUUAAAAUUAAGUAAAACUAUUUACUUUUCGCUUUA